AUGCCUUCGGAGAGCGCCGCGCACUGCCUGUGCGCGCUGAUCCCGCCGACCGUCCAGCACUACCUGCCCUCGACUGAGUCGCUCGAGGCCACGCUGUCGAUGGUGACGGUGGCACCGCGGCACCACAACGGGCACCACAAUGGGAACCAGGCCCAGCACACGAAUGCGAACGGCGCCGCGCCGCGGACCCCGACGAAGGCCAAGUCGCCGUCGCCACGGCGGGAGAGUGGGGACCUACCACGGAUGGGGAGUGGCGGCGGCAGCGGCGCGCAGAGCGACCUCGACCUCGGGCAUGGUCCCGGAUGUGGGCGCGGGGUGGGCUUGGAGAACGAGGGCGCGAGCGGGCACGGGCACGGGCACAGGAGCAUGGGGAACCUGAGGGAGGUGGAGCCUGCGAGCGCGGCGGAGGUCGCAACGCUCGUCGAGUUGAGCUUCGCCGAGAAUGUGCUCUGGGCGCUGUGCGAGACGGACUCUCUGAAGGGGUGCAUAGACGAGAUCGACCUGGGUCUGCAGUACCACCACGAGUUCCUCACCGAGAUCAUCAUACACGAUGAAGCGACCACGCUCCGGCCAGCAGAGGACCGAGACGUGGAUGGACUGAUCUACGUGUACGCGCGCGCUGGGCAGAACUCGCGCGUGCGUCGCAGAAACGGGCCCGAGGAGGACGGUCUCGAGGAGGAGGGCGGCGCGGAGGAGGGCGGCCUCGACACCACUCGUGACUCGUCCACAGGGAGUGGAAAGGUGUACCGUGUGCCGGCGGUGGUGACGUUCCCGCGCCUCCGCGAGCUCACCCUCGUCGACGCGGCGCCGGAGUUUCUCCGCCUUGAGGACGCGGUGGGGGUGUCGCUCACCCCAGUCGAGCGGGACUCAAGGAGGAGGAGGAGAACGAUGCGGCCGAACCAACAUGUUCGCAAACAAAACGACACUCGCAUACUUUUACCUCACGGAUCUAACUCCACGCGCAAUGUUGUCUAUAUAGAAAUUGUCAAGUGA